UUAAUGGAUAAUAUAUCUGUGAUUACUACGCUUACUCUUUCAGGAUUAAAAGUGACAAUGAACUACAGAGUCACUCUCUUAGCGUUAACCUUUUUGUGCUACUGUGUGAUUUUGCUGGUAAAUUUGACUAUUAUUCUGACAAUAAUUGUGGAUAAAACCCUCCAUGAGCCCAUGUACAUCUUCCUGUGUAACCUGUGCAUCAAUGGACUUUAUGGAACAGCUGGAUUUUACCCCAAGUUCCUGAAUGAUCUGCUGUUUUCCACUCAGGUCAUCUCUCAGGCUGGAUGCCUUCUGCAGGGUUUUGUCCUACACUCCUCAGCUUGUGCUGAUUCUUCUCUUCUCGCUCUAAUGGCCUAUGACAGAUAUGUGGCCAUAUGUCGCCCUCUGGUUUAUCAUUCCGUUAUGACUAAUCAAAGAAUGUGUGUGUUAGUGUUUGUUGCUUGGAUGGUUCCUUUUCUUCUGUUGCUCAUGAGCACAGUCACAUCAAUAUCAACGUUGUGUGGCUGCAUCAUACCAAAGAUCUACUGUGUUAACUUUUUAAUUUCAAAUCUUGCUUGUUUUCCCUCUUUAGCAAAAAAUAUUAUUCCAGCUAUUAAUUACUCUUUUUAUGUUUGCCUGGGUGUUUUUGUUGUUUGGACUUAUAUCUAUAUGAUCAAGACUUGUUUAAAAUCCACCGAGAACAUGAAUAAGUUCAUGCAGACGUGUGUGCCACAUAUUUUCUCUGUGACGAUCUUUACUGUAACGUUGCUAUUUGACUUAAUGUACAUGAGAUUUGGAUCAAAGGAUUUGUCACAACAUGCUCAGAAUUUUAUGGCAAUGGAAUUUCUCCUUUUUCCUCCGAUCAUCAAUCCACUUAUUUAUGGAUUCAAGUUAACAAAAAUAAGAAAAAGAAUCAUGCAUUUUAUUUGUGAAAAAGGUUUUUAA